GGCGUUCAUUCUCUCGCUUUCUCAAUUUCAACUGGGAUCUUUUCCUCUAAAGCUUUUCCUAAUUCUAUACAAUGUCUUCCCCACGCGCCGCAUCCCCUUCCUCGCCCACGGCCGCGGGCCAAGCAACCGGCUCCAGCGCCCGCCCUUCCUCCCCGCCUCCUCCCGGCGGCGCACGCACCGCGAUUCGCCGCCGCGCGGCUGCCGACCAGAAGGAGAAGAUUGCCAAUGCGCGGCCGAACAGCACGCGCGCCGCGGGCGCCGGCGGCUCCAGCAGCACCAUGCUCCGGCUGUACACCGACGAGAGCCCCGGGCUGAAGGUCGACCCUGUCGUGGUAUUGGUGCUCAGCUUGGUGUUUAUCUUUAGCGUUGUUGCGCUUCAUAUUAUUGCCAAGAUCACCCGCCGGUUCUCCAGCUAGAUGGCUUGACCACAACUGGGGGAGGAACUGGGAACCAAGAGAUUCUACGGGGAUAGAUGAGGUGGGA